AUGUCAAGUCCUCCAUGUCUAGAUCAAGAAAAUAAACUAAUCACCAGACAAUGUAUAAACGGAUCAUGGAUUCCCAGUUCACCACCACUUUGCCACGUUUUGAUUAACGACAAUAAAGAGUGUCCAAAUUUUUUUAUCGAAACCGAAGUGUGCGCUGUUGUAACAGCACCAGUACACUGGAACGAACGAUGUACGGCUUUAAUGGACAAGAUAUCCACAAAUUUUCAACCAAAAUCAAUCAAUUAUAAAAGCAACUUAAUAUGGAUACCUGCCAAAAGACGUGUGAAAUAUGGACCCUAUGAAUAUAUGACAAUGGAUUCGAAUCACGGGCGUACUAUUAACCCAAAGUUUAAUAUAUCAAUCAAAGAUGAUAUUUUUAACAGGGACUGCCUUCUGUAUCAUCCCCGCCUUAACAAUUUAAUACCUGAAUACUGCGACAAAUUAUAUCCACAUGUGUGCAUAUUUCAAAAGGAUUCCGGUACGAAUAAAUGUUCCAAAGGAUGUAUUCCAGCAGGACUAGGUUCUAAAAAAUGCUACUGUAAGAUUUAUGAUAAUGUUUGCGAGAACUUGGCCAAAAUUGAAACGCCGUUUGAGAAAAAUCUUUUAAGUAAAUAUGCAGGAAACGAAUUGUGUAACAUAGAUAAUAACCAAGUUAUCACAAAGGAUUUGUGGAAGACUUCGAACGUAUCAGUCUCAUGUUCAAUUUGUAUUUUUGAUAGACCGUUUGGAUUAAGAGCCUUGAAUGCCACAUCUAUUCCGGUACUGGAGAUGUCAUUUAAUAAAUCAAAGAAAAAGUUGUACCUAAUAAUUUACUCACCAGAAGGUGUAUUUCGGAUGAAAGACACUGAAGCUGUGUAUUGCUUUACGAAUGCUUCGGACGAUUUGAAGAAACUGGUGAAAAUUAAUAAAAUUGUGCAGUCUGACGAUAGAAAAACGUUUGGGUUAAAAGAAAGAUCCGUGUCAGUGUAUGAAGUCAAAUUGGAAGAUUACAUGGGAGCUUAUUGGUGUGAAGCACAUAAGUCAAACAAUUUUUCUGAUAUAGUGUAUUCUGAAUCAAUUAUUGCAUUUAAGAAGGUAAAAGUCAACGAAUACGCUCUGAGAUUUCAAAUGUACAAUGCUUGUUUGGCAUUCGAUUGUGGUAAUUUGUUAAACAUACCUUUUCCUAAAUUCAUACAUUCAGAAAUAAAAACCGCCUUUAAAGGGUCGGACGCAACAUUUAGAGUUAUGGAUGUAAUUAAUUUUGAUAUAAAUGCAAAUUUUUUGGAUUUACUUAUUCACGUCAGUACUACCAAAGGUAGGAACCGUAUAGGAGAAUUUUACAGAAUGAAGAAUCUUUUGGACACUAUCGACAGCUCCAUAAAAGUGAUAUAUUUCAGAAAUGCUGAAUAUUGCAUUCCAUUCAACGAAGAAGUAGGAGGCCGAAGGACCAGUUGGCCUUUGACAGAGAGGGGAAAAUCAACUCUCCCAAAGGAAAUUUGCGUCAGUUCAAAUAUGCCAGCAAGACGAGUAUGCGAAGGGACCUUCCUAACCGGGGCAUAUUGGUCUGAUGUCACUGGUGAAUGUAACUUUGAUGAAAAGGCUUCACCAUUAACUGAAUAUUUAUUUAAUGUUUACGAUACAAAUAUUACAUUUGAAAAAAUUAAUAAUAUAUCAGACAUGAUAUCAAAAAAUGAUGUAACAACCAUCGAUGUUUAUUAUAUUUCUAAGGUAUUAAAAACUAUUUAUAACUCUCUAAAUGUGAGUAUGGAAAUUUUAAAUAAGACUUUAGAAAUUGUGGACAAUGUGUCUUCCUUAAAUUUAGAAAAAUUACGAUACGCUCAGGAGUGGUUUAACGUUACUGAUGACAUAGUAGAUAUUCUUGAAGAUGCAGUGGCUACAACAGAUUUUAACAAGUCAGAGGUUCAUACAAUCAACAGUAAAAACUUAUUUAUGUACUUCACUAAUCCUUUUCUAAGUAAUAAUUCCGGUAUAGUAGUAUACUCUAAUUCUACUGUCAAUUCUGUAAAUAGAGCAAACGAAUUUGAAAGUGAUAUAGAUAAAUUAGAUCUUAAGUUGCUAGUUUACGUACCAGAAAAUGUGUUAAACACUAUUUACAACAGAACAAAGGGUAAAGUGUCUGAUGUGAAUCUAAUAAUUAUUGUGUACAACCAUGAUACGUUCUUCCUAAGUGAAUCAAAACAUUCUGUUGGUCCGGUAGUUAGUGUCAAUAUUCCUGGACAUGGACAUUUCUUAAGUAACUCCAUUCCAAUUUUGUUCAAAUCAAGUGAAAAUCGUAACAUAGAAUGUGGCUUCUGGGAUUACGGUAAACAUACUAAAAGGCAUAGAGGCAUAUGGUCGACUGUUGGUGGAAAUUAUUUGGGACGAUUCAAAAACAAUACCGACUUGCACAUUUGUUCGUUUUCACAUUUAACUCAUUUUGCGCUGUUAAUUUUGCAAGACCAUUCGGUGAUUAUAGAAUUAACUUCAAGUAAUUAUUUUAUUUUACAUGUUAUAACAAUGUGUGGUUUUAUGCUUUCAAUAAUUGGUUUAAUAGGCAUCGUUCUCACCGCGGUAUUAUUUGAAAGUUGGCGAGAGAAACCUGGAACGAAAAUUUUGUUGCAUUUAUCAGUUUCGAUAAUUUUACAAUGUUUGAGCGUACAACUUAUGGACAGUGAUGACAUUCAUUCGUAUACUGGGUGUUUAAUUACAGGCAUGAUGUUACAUUACAUGGUGAUUAGCAAAUUUUCUUGGAUGUUGGUUUAUGCCUUUUUACAAUAUUUAAGAUUCGUUAGAGUAUUAGGGCCACUUCCGAAUAAUCUUGUUUUAAAAUCUGUAUUUUUUGGAUGGGGCGUGGGACUUGUACCGGUGCUAAUUACUGGCCUGAUAGAUCCACACAGUUAUAAUCAAGAAGACAAUUAUAUUUGUUAUCCUAAAGGUUUAACUUUGUAUUUGGGGGUAUUGUUGCCAAUAUGUGUAGUCAUUACUAUAAAUAGUAUUAUUUUUGGUAUUGUAAUGUACGAAGUAAGAAACAAAAAAGUUGAAUCAAAUGGAAAUGUAGGUAGUAAUAAGUUGCAGAUAAAGCUUGGAGUACUGUUAUUUUUUAUCUUCGGAUUACCUUGGAUUUUUGGAAUAUUAGCCGAAAUUAUUAGGAACUCCUUUAUUCGUAUAUUUUUUAUAUACAUUUUUUCUAUAUCUGUAACUCUUGAACAAUUUGUAUUAUUUUUGUUUUAUAUAGUGUUUAACAAAGAAACAAGAAAU